GCAACCUCUAAGCCCCGGACUCCCAGGCCGGAAAGCCCACGCCACUGCGCUGUAUUUCAUACGUGGUUUUUGCAGUAGGUUGAGGUUUCUGUCGGCCUGAGCUUGGGACCUACACGAAGAGGACCCGUUUUUGUUGUGGAGGCUGAGUUUAGCGUUGGCUCUCUUUCUCCCUCCCCGCCUUCCAACAUGGCAGCCUCCAGCCGUGCUGCACAAGUGUUAGAUCUGUACCAGGCGAUGCUGAGAGAGAGCAAGCACUUCAGCGCCUACAAUUACAGGACAUAUGCUGUCAGGAGGAUAAGAGAUGCCUUCAGAGAAAAUAAAAAUGUAAAGGAUCCUGUAGAAUUUCAAGUUCUAGUGACUAAAGCCAAGAGAGACCUUGGACUAAUCCGUCGACAGGUCCAUAUUGGCCAACUGUAUUCAACUGACAAGCUUAUCAUUGAGAGUCAAGAGAAGCCGAGGACCUAGAGACCAAGUCACCAGCGGCAGGCCAUGGAUCACCUUCAGCAUCCAUUCUGUGUGCAGCCAGCGGGCUAACACCAGCUGAACAUAACUUUUUGCGUCACCUGUCCUGUAGGAGCUGAAACUGGAUCUUCUUUGCAUUCUGUUGCAGCUUUAGUGUGAAAGGAUGAUUAUCCUUCCUCUAUUCAAGGGUUAGAAUGAAGAACUGGCGGUCACUCACAAUAAUGCUAUGUAUUAUUGAGUCUCUUCUCCACUCUAUCCCCAUCCUGCAGCUCAUCCACAUUUGUAUAGAAUGUUUGCAGCGUCUGUUUCUUGGUCCUUAACUAUAAACUGAAUUGUGCCCUGUCCUUUUGCCCCAAAUAAACCCCUUAUGACUA